UGAAAAAGCAAGCAAAUUGGCCCUUGAAAUAGUCGGUGAAAUUCCGGAUAAGAAGGCACAAAUCUUCUGCAAGCAUCAAUUCGACCAAGAUGGUUGCGGGGGGCCGAGGACGCAAAGUGCUAACGCAAGCGCAGCGCCGCGAACGGCAGCGUGAACGCAACCGUGCCUACUACCUCAAGACGCGCGGCCUUGUGAAGCAUGAGAAGCAACGAGGGGCGGUCGGUUCCAGCGCUCCUACGGACGCUGACAGCGACACUGGUGUCCAACUCCACGAGCCCACCAACGUGGUGUCCGAGCCGAGCUCUCCCAUUCCAAGCGCGCCCAAGACACCGAUGGAAAUCAAGCAGUCGUGGAUCAACGCGUUCGAACUGGCGAAUCAAACGGUGCAGCUUCAGCACAAAUGAAAACGUAAGCAUGAAAGUUGCUGAAUCUAUAUGCUAGUUUGUUGCGUAUGGCUUUACUUAUUGUUAAUUCGAACGGAGCCACACCCUA